AUGCUUAAUAGUAUUUUUAAUAAAUCAAGAAAUACAUCACCAUCUCAAGCUCAAACAAUUAAAUCAAAAUCAUCAAGCCCCAACUCAAUAAAUAAUAGUCUGGCUGCAAUUUCACAAGCCAUACCUAACUUAGAUCAGAUUCAAUUAUUGUCACAACAAAUUCAACAACAGAGCUUAAACAUGGAAGCUCCGGAUAAAAGUCAGGUCUAUAAAUCAUCAAGAAUAAAUCAUCCAUCUAAUUCUACAUCAAAUUCUAAAAAUUCAUCACCAAAAACAAAUCAAGAAGAAACCAUGGCAUCACAUACUUCAACUAGAGUUAAAAAGGGUAAGAAUAUGCCAAAACCACGAGUUGCUUCAACUACAAUGACUAGAAGAAGAAAUAGUCUUAUUUCCGUAAAUUCUCGAGAUUCAAGAGAGCUGCAAAAGCGAAGAAUUAAUAAAAAUAGAACACAAAGAAGAAAAGCACAUAUUAAUUGUCCCUAUCCUAUCGAUGAUAUGUUUAAUAUAAAUUCAAGCUUUGAAAUUGAUGAUGAGGCAGAUACUAGUGGAUUUCCAGAUGGGUUUGAACAAGUUACUCCUGAAAAUGUUUCAAGAGAAAUGGGUCCAGGUGAUUUAGCACAUAAGAGACAAGUUUCUGAACCUGAUUUAAGUCGAAACCAACGCAUUAUGGAACGUCAGAGGUUGAGAAAUUUAAGUAAUUCAAUUGUGACAACAACAAGCUCAAAUCAAAGUAGAAUUCAACCGUAUAAAAAAGGUAAAAGGAUAGUUAAACCUAAAUCUAGAAUUGAAUUAACUCAGCAAGAUCAAUUUCAAGAUGCUCAAGAAGAAAUAUCUCAACCUCCUUCACAACCAGAGAUAAAUCAAGAAUCUCAAUCUCAAUUACAACAAGAAGUUACUCCAGAAUCUCAUAUACCACUUCAUUUGCAACCAAAUCUACAAAUAUUAGAUCAAGAAACUAGUAGUGAGUUAAGACAAUCACCUAGUCAAUUGCCUGAUAUAAUUCACGAAGAAGAAGUUACAACUAGAACUCAAGCUGUUGCUUGUAUAUUGGAGAGGACUGGAAGUACAGCUAGAAAUAGUAGACGAAGUAGAAGGGCUCGAGAAUUGAGGCAAAGUGAAGAUAUGAAUUUAAGAAGAGGUUAUGAUUAUCAACGAAUAAUGUUGGAACGAAGUUUACAAAAUAGAGAAAAUAUAGAAGAAGUUCCAAGAGAUUCUAAUAUUACUGAAUCAAGACAAAGAUCUUUAAAUAGUUUAACUGGUACUCCAAAUACAUCACCACCUCAAAGAAUACCCAAUAAACAAAACUCAAGAAUAUCACCUCCAAUUUCACAACCUACAACUACAAAUGAAUCUCCUAUUCAAUCAAGUUCUAUACAAAGACAAUCACCUAUUCAUGCAACUACUAAUAUACCGCAAAGCCAAUCACCAAUACAAUCUACUACACCAUCUCCACCUACUUCAAAUACUAAUAUACCAAGACAAUUGAAUCCAACAACUCCAGAAAACACCGUUAACAGAUCAGAUGAACUUAGAUCAGCGAUUAUCUCCAGGUUAAAUCAACGUAUAGAUCCAACAUUAAUAGAUUCAGAAAUACCACCUCCAUUAGACGAAUAUAAAACACCAGAUCAUUCAUCACCACCAUAUAGAGAACAUUUGCAUAAGAAAACAGAUUUGAUUUCAUUUGAUCCAAGAUAUUCAAUUCCAAUCCUUCGAUUAAACAAAAAAUUAAUAAAAAAUUCAAAUAGUUUGAACAAGGUCAUAAAGAAGUUGAUUAAAUUGAACUGUAUACCAACUGAGAUUAACAUUUGGGAUUUAGAAAAGAUAGACGAUCAUGAGUUUCAUGUUAUUCUUCCUGAAUUAUUGGCAACUUACGAAAUACAACAAAGACAAGCUAGAGAAGAAAGAGAAGCAAAUGAAUUACAACGAGCUAUUGCUUUAUCUAUAGCUGAACAAACUCAGAGAGAUCAGAGAAUGGAAUUGUUUAGAGGUUUUAGAUAUAAUCAACCUAGAAAUGUUGAAAAUGAAGAGAAUUAUCAAGAUAGUUCUGGGGAUGAAUUUAUUGAUGUUGAUGAUGUUGUUAAUUGGAGUUCUCAACCUAGUUCUGUUAUGUUAACUAUUUAA